AGUCGGUGUUUUUUUUGUUGCUGCUUUUUUAAAGCUAGAAAUCGAAAUUGUGUCGUCGGUGUUUGUCAGUUGGAGCAGUCACACCAAACAACCGAGUAAUUAGCUAUUUCUAAAGCAGGUUUUACUAACACUGAAGGGCGUCGUUCUCCUGGUUGUCCAGUCGAGGGGACAUUUAUGUUUUCGUCUGUCUGCUGUUUGUGUUAAGGAUAUUACAUAAUAUGGUGCUAAGCUGGUGAUGUAGCUUAGUCCCUGUUCUUAAAAAACACACCUUUAUCUCUUAACACCUAUUACUAAAGUUGAAGUAGUCGUAUUUUACAAUGGGGAUCAGCAGGAUAUCCAUUAGCAUAGGAUAUGCUACCUUUGGCUCGCUGGUGGGACUCUCGGCUUUCUUGGUCUGGAAUAUAGCUUAUAAACAACCAUGGACAGCAGCUAUGGGAGGCCUGUCAGGAGUGUUGGCACUCUGGGCUCUUGUUACACACAUCAUGUACCUGCAGGACUACUGGCGUACCUGGCUCAAAGGCCUCAAGUUCUUCAUCGCUGUUGGUGUCUUCUUCUCAGUUUUGGCGGUGGCUUCAUUCAUUACCUUCCUAACUCUGGCCAUCACACAGAAACAAUCUCCAACUGACCCAAGGAGCCUCUACCUCUCCUGUGUGUGGAGCUUCCUGACUCUUAAAUGGUCCUUCCUCCUGGCCUUGUACUCGUACAGGUACCGCCAGGAGUUUGCAGACAUCAGCAUCCUCAGCGAUUUCUAGUCUGUACUGAUUUUAUAGACUACGAUGGACUUUGAGGGGUUUAGGCUGCCAGCAGGAGCUGGUCAAAGAGCUUUUGCAACAAAGAGGAGGAAAAGCAGACAUGUUUAGAUUAAAAAGUCAUCUGACUUUUAACACAUGGAGUUGCACUUGCUGCACUUGCUUAACAAGCUCUGUAUUUGUAUUGUAACCUGCUCUCCUACUUUUAAUGACCCACAUAUUAUAUCCCUGUAAGUAGUCAUGAGUCUAAAUCUCAGAAGACUGGAACUGCUUUUGAAAAGUUUGCUCAAGGACAUUAAUGAAGAAAGGUGCAGGUGGUUUCCAGACAGGUUUUAUCUUGGGAUUGUUUAAAUCUUAAAACAACUAACAUACAUCUGGAAAUCCCCACCUUCAUGAUCAUUUUUUAAAGUGAAAGUGAAAAUACUCGCCUAGCUGAAAUCCUGUGAACCAAAACUAAAACCUUUUACCGGAAGCCACUCUGCUAAUACUAGGCUGAUGGUGUUUGUUGAAGUGCUUGAUUGUUUUAUCCCCCCAAAUGAGCUUUUACCUAGUAAUUCUGAACCACAGAAUAUUCAUAUCUCUAGACAGUUGCUGUCUUAGUGUCCACAUAGUCACUCUGUUAGCUCCUUUCAUUAUCAGUGAUGCAGUUUGAGGAAAUAUUUGAAAAAAAUUAAAGCAGAUUUAAAUAGUUGCACUCAUUUAAAAACAUUUUUUAAAAAGAGAACAUUUAAUGUACAUGGAGAAGAUCACUCUAGUCAUACUUUUGUUUUCGUAAAAAGUGAUUGAAUUGUCUAUCGUGCUUGAAGAAAAGGCAGUCCUGUGGAAUUUGUGCUGUUCAUAAUUUGUUCCACCAGGUGGAGACUUGCUUUGACUGUCAAGAGUCUAAAAAUUGCAACAUUCCUCUUUAAAGAAAAACACAAAUGGAUUUGAUAAAUAUUUGCACUUUAGUCUUUGAUAUUGACGCCAUUGUUUUGCACACUAAUCCCAAUACAAUGGGGGUAAAAUAAAAAUCAUGUUCUCACCCUUUUUAAUGUUGAAAUACACUAUUGAUAUGUAUCAUGUUUUAGCCAAUAUGAUUUGUGUGAGUCAGGUUUAACUAGACUUUGUAAGUGGUUUUGUUUCAGCUGUAGCUUAUGUCGACCUUUUGCCAUAAAACAUGUUAAAAUGUAUUUUUGUUGACGAAAGAAUGAAAGUGAGGAUGUUACAUGUAUAUAGAAAGUGAACCCAUUAAAGAUACAUUUAUUGUUAA